AAUCUGUCUGAAUCAGACCCAAUGAUAUAUAAUGGACAGUCACCAACAAGUUAAAUCUAGUUCAGAUUUGAAAUUAGACACAGGAGGCGGAGCAACGAAAGUCAAAUAUUUCAGCGCCAAAACAGGAGAAAUGAAAGUUAAAGUGAGUCCCGCCCUGCUGCAGAGAGAAACGGCUCAUCCUCUCUGAGAAUCAACGUUCAGAUUCCUCUUGUGUUCACCAGGAAUAAAGCACGGAUCCUGCGAUAUGUCUUCAGUCGUCAGCCUCCUCUCUGAAGAGCAGUUUCAGUGUUCUAUCUGUCUGGAUGUGUUUACUGAUCCAGUCACCAUACCAUGUGGACACAACUUCUGCAAGACCUGCAUCACUAAACACUGGGAUGUUAAAGUCCCGUGUGAGUGUCCCCUGUGCAAAGAUGUCUUUGAAAAACGUCCUGAGCUGCGAGUCAACACGUUCAUAUCUGAGAUGGCUCGUCAGGUCAGGACAUGGUCUGUAAUCAAAACCAGCAGCUGCUCAGUCCAGAGAAGUUCUUCCUCUGGAGAAGUUCUGUGUGACGUCUGCUCUGAGACCAAACUGAAGGCCCUGAAGUCCUGCCUGACGUGUCUGGCCUCCUACUGUGAGACUCACCUGGAGCCUCAUCACAGAAUCCCAGGCCUGAAAAAACACAAGCUGAUGGAUCCUGUGGAGAACCUGGAGGACAGAGUCUGUAAGAACCACGACAGACCUCUGGAGAUGUUCUGCAGGACGGAUCAGAUGUGUGUGUGCCAUUUCUGUAUUGAGUCAAGUCACAAGACACAUGUCUUUGUUCCAAUGAUGGAAGAAUACAAGCUGAAGAAAACUAAACUGGUGAAAUCAGAGGCUGACAUUCAGCAGAGGGUCCGGGAGAGACGACUGAAGAUCGAGCAGAUCAAAUAUUCGGUGAAGCUCAGCAGGGAGGAUGCAGUGCGAGAGAAUAUAGCCAGUGUGCAGGUCUUCACUGCUCUGAUUCGGUCUGUGGAGGAAGGUCUGGCUCAGCUCCUGGACUUGAUUGAGGAGAAGCAGAAAGAAACAGAGGAACAGGCUGAAGGCUUCAUCAGAGAGCUGGAAGAGGAAAUCUCUGAGCUGAUGAAGAGAGGUGCUGAGAUGGAGCAGUUCAUACACACUGAAGACCACCUCCAGUUCCUCCAAAACCUCCCCUCACUGAGCCCUGCUCCACCCACCAAAGACUGGACAGAGGUCAGAGUUCACUCAUCGUAUGAGGGGACUGUGAGGACCGCUGUGGCUCAGGUGGCAGGAAAACUCAGGGAGGAGAUGGUUCAGAUGUGUUGUGAUGUUGAUCUGAAGAGGGUCCAGCAGUACGCUGUGGACGUCACUCUUGAUCCCGAUACCGCAAGUCCCUAUCUUAUCCUGUCUGAUGAUGAGAGACAAGUCAAGUCUGCUGAUACACAAAAGAACGUCCCAGACUACCCGCAGAGAUUCUCCACUUGUAACGGUAUUUUAGGAAAGCAGAGUUUCUCCUCUGGAAGAUUUUACUACGAAGUUCAGGUUGGAAGGAAGACUGACUGGGAUUUAGGAGUGGCUCGUGAAUCAGUCGUCAGAAAUGGAAAAAUCCGAUUGUCCCCACAGAAUGGCUUCUGGACCAUGUGGCUGAGGAAUGGAAAGGAGUACAAAGCUCUUGCUGGUCCUGGUAUUCUUCUCGCUCUGAAGUCGAAGCCCCAAACGGUGGGGGUGUUUGUGGAUUAUGAGGGCGGUGUGGUUUCUUUUUAUGAUGCAGGCACAGGAGCUCUCAUCUACUCCUUCACCGCCUGCAAAUUCACUGAGAAACUCUUUCCAUACUUCAGCCCCUGUAGUCCUGGUGGUGGCAUUAACGCUGCGCCCCUGAUCCUUCGUCCUCUGACCAGACGCAGAGUAUCAUUUGAUUUCCACUGCAAUGAUCAGGAAGGAAUUAAAACCAAAAACUAUGAAUAUAAUCCAAUCUAAUGAGCAGUCACAAUUCAAACAACAUAGGGAAGGUAAAUCCUUAGGGCCUUCUCAACCCCCCCCAAACCCUCUCCCUACGUACAGAACUACUUUACCUGGAACUAAAAGGUUCCUGUGUCCCCAUUGUUGUCUGCGUUUCGACCGCAGACAACCAAAGGGAGAUCGCACAAGAAAAAAUAUGUUCUGUAAUGUGAUGUUAUGUAAGGGAUAAUGUAUGGUUAGCAGGUGGUUAUGGGAAAUACAAUCCUGGCAGGGUGAGACAAGACCCCGUCAUGAAGUGGAGGGAAAACAUUGAUUAAAGAUUAUUUUAUUGAUCUAAAAUUAUUUAUGUUUACAGUUUUUAAAAAUAGUCCCAGUGAUUCCACGUCAGUUAGCGUUCCAUGGCGAUGGAUCUGCCUUUUGUGGUGGAUUUAACAUGAAACUGUCCUCUUUCAGCUCUCCUUCUCUGAGCUUUCAACCAAUGUAACUCAACAAAUGUCACAACUUUGAACCCUGCUGCUAUCAUCCCCACCGCUCAUGGUUUAAGUUUCUUUGUAGAGAUCACUAACAUAAAGUUUCUCUCACCUGCUCCGCUCGUUGAUCAUAUUGCUGGACAGGAUCCAAUAUGAAAAUGUCCGUAACCUGCUGAUUUAGCAUGCUAUCCAAACUAACGUUUUAGCUACAUUGUUUUGAUGCUAACGGAAGCUAACGGUUUUACCUCACCUUACGGUCUAUGGUGUCAACAAGCAGAAGAUUCCUUGGAUUGAUUUGACAUGACAUGCAAUCAGUUUGUCUCUGGUAUUGUUCAUGUUAGUGAAAGUUAAUAACCGAUGUGAAGGGGUUUAGACCAAUCAGAAUCAAGCAUCUUACACAACGGGAAGAUCAGUUAGACAGGCGGGUAAUAAAGUUUCUUGUAUCGCAGAAAAGUUAGCUUUCCAUGCUGUUUGAGUAUGUGCCUCAGACACAUUAAUCAUCUGUAAAUGUAAACCUGUUGUUCAUCUAAUAUUUCAGUGUUUUUUUUUAGGGGGACAUUUUUUUCACAGAGAAAUGUUCCACUGCUUUUUGAAUACAAUGUUAGAUUUGAAGACUGUUGAUGCAUUCAGCAUUAUGAAACUUUAUUCCUAACAAACAAACAAACAAAGGUCAUUAACCACACCUCAGCAGACGGUGCUCCUAUUACAUAUACGGAUAUCUUAAAGGAGGUUUUUCAAGAUGGUACAUGUUGCUAUUUUUUAUGCUUAAUUUUUUGUAGUUGUGUCUUUGUUGUUAAAUAUUUUCAUACACAUGUUGGGAUGUUUGUUUUGUGUUUUUUUUUGCAGGUUAAUCUGCUUGCUACAUUUCCUUAAAAAAUGUUGAAAGUGGUUUAUCACAUAAUUCAUACAAACAAAAAAAAGAAGGUAAUAUAAAUCAUUACCAUUUUUUCUUUUUUUUCCACUUUUACAGUUCAGUAAAAUGUUGGAAAAAUAAAUUUGACACGUUAAUAAAAAAUGACC